UCAAUUCACAAAUAUAUAUAUCAUCAAAUCACCAUUGAUGAUGGCAGCUAAGGCUAGGAUUUCUGCAGCUAUUUUACUAGUUUGCAUUAUCCUUCCUUUGCUAGCCUCAGCAUUUCUUGAUCAUCUUCCUGAAUUUCUAGAACAUGAUUCUAGAAAUAAAGAUGUAACAAUCCGUGGUGAUAAUAAUAUUGUUCGUGCCAAUGACAAUGACUUUACUCUUCCUCGCUCACAUGAGAAAAAGAAUGAAAGAUCUUUAAGAGAAAAGAAGUCAAAGAAGAAGAAGCAUAAGAAGAAGAAGAACAAGAAGGGAAAGAAAUCACACAAAGAUAAAAUUUUUGAUUUUGACCAUAUUUUUGGAGGAAACCAACAAGAAGGAGAUGAAUUUUCCCCUUAUUUGCAACCAUUUGAUGUGCCUCAAACAACAGAAGAACAAGAACAGACCGAGAAUUAUGAUGGAUUACGUGAGGGAUUUUACCAGAAAACAUGUCCUCAAGCAGAGAAUAUUAUAAGAAAUGGUCUAAUCAGGGCCUUUCAGAAUGACUCUACCAUUGCUGCUGCAUUACCUCGCCUUCUCUUGCAUGAUUGCUUUGUCAAUGGAUGUGAUGGGUCGAUAUUACUAGAUACAACACCCAGUGGUGCAAGAGUGGAGAAGUUAGCAGGCACAAAUGGUGCUACAGUCAAGGGAUUUGAACUCAUAGACGAGAUCAAAGCCGAGCUCGAGAGACAAUGCCCUGGCAUUGUCUCCUGCUCUGAUAUUUUGGCAUACUUGUCGCGCGAUGCCUUUGUUUUAUCAGGCCUCCCCAAUUACAACGUGCUAGGUGGUCGACGCGAUGGCAUGGAAUCCAAUGAAGCAAACGUUGUUGGAAACCUACCACUUCCUGGCGACACAGUGGAUCAAAUGAUUGAUCUUUUUCAAAAGAAAGGCCUAAAUUCGGAAGAUUUGGUUGUCCUAAUUGGUGCACAUUCAAUUGGAGUAGCCCAUUGUUUCAACUUCCUUUACAGAUUGGACGAACCAGAGAAGGCACAAAUGUUAGAUCCAAGGCUUGCUGGAGUCAUGAGAUUUAUUUGUACUAACCAAAUGAAUACCUUACCUUUUGAUCCCACAACACAGUACAAGAUGGAUUCAAUUUUCUACAAGCAACUAAUGAUGAAGAAAGGGUUGAUUGAAUCGGAUCAAAUACUGGCUCAAGAUAUUAGAACGAGGGGCUUGGUGCAAAAGUUUGGUGAUGAUGAAAUGGGAUGGUUUGAUAAGUUUGGUAAGGCUAUGAAUAAAUUGGGAGCAAUUGAAGUGCUCACUGGAAACCAAGGCCAGAUCAGGAGACAGUGUAGAGCUGUUAACUGAAAAUUGGAUUAGUUUCUCAUAAAGCAAGCCAAAAGGUGUAAGAAUUUGCUCAUUUCAAGCAGUUUCCUAGACAAAUUAAAGCCUUGUUGACAGAGAUAACAAAAUUUUACUUUCCCAUAUCAUCUUUGGGAAUUUAUAUAUAAUUACUUCCAACUACUAGUCAGGGAAAUUGAUGAUUUGUCCAACUGCUGGCAUGUGUACUUAGAGUGUAUGGACGAUAACUAUAUUUCAAGUUGUUCGAGCAAACAAAAUCAUACAUUCUGAGAUGUUAAAGAAUGUAAAUGACAUGUAUGGUUUCAACAAUAUAAAGUUAUUACACUAUUUAGUAUAGAAAUUUAUGGAAUACAAUAAUUUGACGAUA